AAAGGCUAGCUGAGCUGUAGGUUUCUGGAGUGGGCAGUGGACAUAAAUAAGAAAAUGUAGAAGAACGUCAGUUUCACUUCGGUCAUGGUUGUGGGUCUUAGGUAGUGAGCAACCUUGGUACUGGUGGUGCAGCUGCCCCGUGGACCGUCAAAUGGGUUACCAAUGAAAAGAGGGAGCCAGUGACUGGUGUCUUUGAACGUGUCUCCUAUACUGAUUACACUGUGUAGAUUCAAGAACCAUGGCUGAACUUGGUGACAGCCAUAAGCUUAUAAGCAUGGAGGCAAAUAAACUCAGACAUUCACAGAGUUACGAAGACACAACCUCAGUGGGGCUUAAAAGAAUGCAAAAGCGGUUUCUCCAGAAAGAUGGGAGCUGCAACGUUUACUUCAAGCACAUAUUUGGAGAGUGGGAGAGCUACGUGACUGACAUUUUCACCACACUGGUGGACAUCCAAUGGCGCCAUAUGUUUGUGAUCUUCUCGUUGUCCUACAUCCUUUCCUGGUUGUUCUUUGGCUUGGUUUUUUGGUUGAUUGCCCUCCACCAUGGCGAUUUAUCCCCCGACAAAGAGAUAACUCCUUGUGUCGAUAAAGUCCAUAGUUUCACUGGGGCAUUUUUGUUUUCUCUUGAAACUCAAACCACCAUUGGCUAUGGAUCGCGUUGUGUCACAGAAGAGUGUUCUGCAGCAAUCCUGACGGUGGUCCUGCAAUCAGUCUUGGGUUGCAUCAUUGAUACAUUCAUCAUUGGAGCUGCCUUGGCUAAAAUGGCAACUGCCCGAAAGCGAGCCCAGACCAUCCGCUUCAGCUAUUAUGCUACAGUAGGCUUACGAGAUGGCAAACUCUGCCUGAUGUGGCGUAUAGGCGACUUCCGGCCUAACCAUAUGGUAGAAGGCACAGUGAGAGCUCAACUCUUACGGUACGUAGAAGACAGAAUGGGGAGGAUGGCAAUGGAAUACAAGGACUUAAAACUGGUAAAUGACCAGAUCAUCCUUGCUACCCCAGUGACCAUUGUACAUGAAAUUAACCAUGAUAGCCCGUUGUAUUAUCUGGACAGGAAAGCUCUGGCAAAAGACAACUUUGAGAUCCUGGUUACGUUUGUUUACACUGGAGAUUCAACAGGAACGUCACACCAGUCAAGAAGUUCAUAUGUGCCCCGAGAAAUCCUUUGGGGCCAUAGAUUCAAUGACGUUCUUCAAAUGAAGAAGAAGUAUUACAAAGUCAAUUGCCUCCAAUUUGAAGAAACCACCGAGGUAUAUGCUCCUUUUUGUAGUGCCAAGCAUUUAGACAGGAAAGAACAAGAAUAUACAACUUUUGAGAAGGCAUCAGAUGGAGAACCCGGAACAUCAUCCUCACUAGCACGGUUCAGAGGCCGUUCAUUUAGUGCAGAAGCUUUAAUCAUCCAUUCUGAAACAACUGAAGAGUCAGCCAAAGUUUGCAGUCAAGUCAGUACUAAGGAGCUGCCUUAUGAGAGAGCUCUAGUGGCUUUAAGCCGAAUCUCAAUGGAAUCCCAGAUUUAGCAAUUAAUUAUAAAGCUGGCUGUUAAACUUUUUGCAGUUCUCAAAUACACAAGUUUCAGUUAAAUACUUGGGGACCUGAUUCUCAGAUAAUUAAUCGAAAAGGCCGUUUACUGACACGUUAUUAUGACAUCAUUCUAAUGGAUGGGUAUGUUUAAUUGAUAACAUUAAUGUGACUCAUCUCCUUUAAAAUUAGCAAUUUUGUAAAUAUAAAAUUCUGCAUACCAACAAUACUUCAGAGAACAUUCAGUAGUGCUUAGUUCCAACUCUGGAUGAAUCUGUCAGUAGAAAUUUCAUAGAAUCAUAGAAUAAUGGAGAUGAAAGGAGCUUCUCAGACCAUCAAGUCCAACCCUCUGUUCAAU